AUGGCGGAGGGCCCAGCCCCCGCUGCCGCGGACCCGCCGCCCGGCGAAGCUGGGCCUGGCUCCGCGCCCAGGGAGGCUGCCGAGGACGGGGGCAGCGCGGGCACGGACGACUGGGAGCUGCAGAAGGUCGCGUACGAGGAGCAGGUCCGCGAUCUGGCGGUGCGCCUCGCGCAGGAGCAGGCGGCGCGCGCCGAGGACGCGCGGAAGGCCGCCCGCGCCCUGAGGCAGGCCCGCGCGGAGCUGGAGGCGAAGGUCGAGGAGGUCCGGCGCCGCGGCGAGGCCGAGGUGGCCGCGGCGAACGCCCGCGCCCGCGAGGCGGAGGAUCCGAGAUCGCCGAGGCCGCCCGGAAGCGCGUCGACGAGGAUCGGUGGCCGCCGUGCGCCGCCAGGCGGAGGCCCGUGUCGCCGAGGCCCGGGGGCGGGCGGAGGCCCGGGUGGGCGAGCGCUCGGAGCAGUACCACGAGAGCGCGCGGCAGAUGCGGGCCGCGCUGGAGGAGAGCGGCAGAGGGCGUCUGCGCAGGAGGUGGAGCUGGAGAGGCGACGGAAGGACUCGGUGGCAGUGGACGAGAUGAGUCGGCACAUCGAGGCGAUCGAGCGCGAGUGUGAAGAGCAGCGCGCUAUGCAGGAGGCGAACUUUUCGGUCAAGCAGGCGCGUCUUGAUGAGUGGCGGGCUAAGCAGAAGAGGCAGAACGACGAGGCUACGCAGCGCAACCAGACGCUGCUGGAGCUCGAGAAGUCGCUUCACACUCGCUCUCUGGAGCGGACGAUGGGCCGCAUUGCAAGGCACAUGGCCUUCGGCGACGGCGACGUUCGAGGCGACGAGACCCCGACGCGACAGGUCUUGCAGCGCGCCGUGCUGGACGACGUGCCGUGGAUGCCCGAGACGCCGCGCACUGGGCGGCGGCACUUUGGGCUCGUCGGCGAAGCCGUGGUGGACGGCCCCGCCAGGUGA